GUAACAGAAGAAGAGGAAGUGAUAUUUUCUUGACAACGAAGCAACUGUUUCUUUCCUGAACGCUCCUCUAGUGUCAGUCUGCGUGAAAUCCUGCGGUCAUUGCUGUCUCUUUUGUGAGUUUGUGUGUGUGAUCAGAGUACACACAUAGAGAGAGAAGGUCACUUUCAGAGCCAUAAACCUCCCCAGUAACCAGCGUUUCAUCUCGAGUUGCGACGUGUACAGGAACUACGCGAUGAGUUGCACAUAGACAGCCAGCUCACAGCAGGCCAUUCGCUUCUUUCGUAUGUCUGCAUUUGUUUGUGAAGUUGAAACCAUGACUAACUGGAGAAGAUUUCGGAUUGGUUGCCCGUGGGCCUCAUGUUUGGCAGUAUUUGUGUUUGUGUUGCUGGCCGAGAAUGUUAACGCCAGGCCGGCGAAUAUGUCAGCAUUGAAAGACAAACAUCUCAGUAGUAAAGAGGAAAACGAGAUCCUUCCACCCGACCAUCUGAACGGUGUGAAGCUGGAGAUGGAUGGUCACCUUAAUAAAGACUUUCAUCAGGAGGUGUUUCUGGGGAAGGACAUGGAAGAAUUUGAGGAAGACUCGGAACCCAGAAGGAACAGGAAGAAACUUAUUGAAAUCUUCACCAAGGUGGAUAUCAAUAAAGACAGGAGCGUCAGUGCUAAAGAAAUGCAGCGCUGGAUCAUGGAGAAGACGGAGGAACAUUUUCAGGAAGCCGUUAGAGAGAAUAAGCUCAGUUUUAAUGCUGUGGACCCUGAUGGGGAUGGACAUGUUACUUGGGAUGAAUAUCGUGUGAAGUUUUUGGCAAGCAAAGGUUUCAAUGAGAAAGAAGUAGCUGAGAAGAUAAAGAACAAUGAAGAACUAAAAGUUGAUGAAGAAACCCAGGAGGUUCUGGAGAGCUUGAAGGAUCGCUGGUUCCAAGCAGAUAACCCUCCAGCUGACCAGCUGUUGAAUGAAGAUGAGUUCCUCUCUUUCCUACAUCCUGAGCAUAGCAGAGGCAUGCUCCGAUACAUGGUGAAGGAGAUUGUACGAGACCUAGAUCAAGAUGGAGAUGGAAAGUUGACUCUUGCUGAAUUUAUCUCCCUCCCCAUGGGAACUGUGGAGAAUCAGCAUGCCCAAGAUAUCGAUGAUGACUGGGUUCGUGAAAGAAAGAAGGAAUUUGAAGAGGUCAUUGAUGCUAACCAUGAUACGAUUGUAACCAUGGAAGAGUUGGAGGAGUACAUGGACCCCAUGAAUGAUUACAAUGCCUUGAACGAAGCCAAGCAGAUGAUUGCUGUGGCAGAUGAGAACCAAAACCAUAACCUGGAGCUAGAGGAGAUCCUUAAAUACAGCGAGUACUUUACUGGCAGCAAACUCAUGGACUAUGCCCGCAAUGUACACGAGGAGUUCUAAACUCCUCAAAUCUGUAAAAAAUUAAAAUAGUAAUAUAUUUGUAUAUAUUCCUCAAGGCUACACUGAGGGCUAUACAAAGUGUUGCAAGAAUUAUGUUGAUCUUUGCUUGCCUCCCAGAUUGGGAUCAAAAAGUGCGUUUGAACUUGCGUUUGUAACUUAACAAACCUGCAAUUCAGUUGCAGUACAAAGGCAUAACAUUGCGAGUCUGCUUUCGUGAUGUCACAGGUGUGCUGCUCAAGGUGUGAUUCCUGAAUUACAAAUGAGCUUACCCCAUACAUUCCCCUGAAAUUAAGUUGAGACACUUUGUCUCUUUCAUUAAUUUUGGGAGUGAUUAUAAUUUGGAAAUGAGUAAUGUAUGGAAAUGAGAAAUUUGGUCAGGGAAUAGAGUGUUUUCCACAUAGAGGUGGAAUUGAAUUAAACAUUUAUUAAUGUAUAUAAUAUAGUUACUUGAAGUGCCAUAAUAUGUACAGUAAAUGUUUUGACAUUUUGGGUGGAUUGGGUGUUAAGACUGUGCUUUAACAGGGGGUUUGUAUGAUUAGCUUUCUAAGCUGCAACCCCUGUCAUUUCUAAAGAUGAAGAAAAUGUAUUAAGGGUUUUUACAAACCCAAAAUUAUUAAUUUUGUGAACUUAAUUAUAUAUCACUUCUUUUAGAAUCUCAUCAUUCAAAGUAAACCAGUUAAAGUUUCAAAUGCCUAGUAAAGAAAUCAGUUUUUUGACAGAGUAUAGAAAAAGCUGUCUAGAUGUGAUUUAUUGGAUUAUUUGAACAUUAGCUUUUUUUGUAAGGAACCCUUUUUUGUCAGUUUGGUGAAUUCAUAAUUUCAUAUGGCCUGAAUAUUAUUUUAUGACUGCAAGUGAAAAAUCAAAUCAUCCUGUUACCUCAGGAAUUACUUUCAGUCACAUGCUAAUAUUUCAGUGGUUCCCUGACCUACUGACAAUAUAUUGGAAAAUUUUCCCAAAUGUGGUCAUUGCUCCUCCAUUGAAGUUUGUGAUACACAUAAUUUUUUUAAACUAAUGUCAAGUUUUGUUGUGCAAAGACGGUCUUGACUGUGCAAUAAUUUCUUUUAAGCAUGCUUUGGUAAUAGACCCCCCUUUAUCAUUCCAGUACUUUUGGCUGUUAAAACACUAGCUCCUAAUGUGUUCCCAAUCAUCCAUGUACAGAACAUUGACUGACCAUAUAUUGCCCUCAUCCUGUGGAAAUUCAAGUGACCUUUUUUAAGCUUUAAAAUGCAUCAUAUUGCUUUUCAUACCAUUAUUAUUAGACAUUUUAAUGCACCAAUCAAGCAAUGGAUGAAAUAUACCUCUAAAUUUGACACCUCUAAAACUACUUGGGGGAUUAUGCUGUGAAGUCUGGCAACCUUUAAAUCUUCGUUAACAUUUCUGAUAUAAACUGUGCCAGAUUUGAAUGUGAAAUUAGGCUGUAAUAAAAAAAAACAGCUACAACAAUCUGUAUAUAAUUUUGCAUCAUCAGACCCUUCUGAUAUCAGGAAGUCAGGAAUAUAAAUAUUGACAAAUUUGAGAAUAAAACCAUUGAGAAUUCUAUAAAACCAAUGUUGAAAGAUGGAGUUAAUAUAUUUACUUUUAUGUCAGGAUCAUAUCCACAUAAUUAAGUUGUACAUUUAUUUGAAAGGUCUAGAAAAUCUCAGAGAAAAAUAAAGAAAAUUGCGACAUGGUUUCUUUUUGCUUUCUAAAGUCUACAAAUAAAUUUCAAUGAAAUUGAAAAUUAAAAACUAACCAUUUAUUCAGGUUUAUACUCCUAAUAUACACCAUAAUCUACUAGUAGGUAAAAAAAAAAAAGAUAUGCUGUCAAUUUGAUACAAAAUAUUUUCCUGAUAAUAUUGUAAUCACUUCUUUUGGAAUUAGUAAAAUGACAAUAUACUGUAAGUGACAACUAUUUGAUUUUGUCAACAUCAUGUUGUCUUUAUAAUAUUAUCCUUACUAUUUUUCACACAAGGUAUGAAUGGGUGUUUUUACAUGAAACUUAGCCUCCUCAUUCAAAUUCAGUUGAAGUUAGAAGUUUACAUACACCUUCGCAAAAUACACUUAAACUCAGUUUUUCACAAUUACUGCCAUUAGGUCAGUUAGUAUGGAGCCAGAAAUAUGCCAAAACAAUUUGAAUUGUGUAAAUUUGAAUUAUAGACUUUUGAAUUUGAAUUAUAAGUGUGAUAUUGCCAAAUGAAAUAUUACGUUGUAUUUUAAAUAGGUUUGAAUUUGGAUUUUUUUAAACUCCAAUACUGGACAUUUCAUAUUUAACCAAAUUUAAUUGUUUUUUUUUUAUGGCACAAUCUUAUAAAUAUAUAUUUUCAAACAGCACAUUUUUGGUUCUGAAUUCUUACACUGUAAAUAUCCCGUUUUAAAAAAUACAGCUUCAAGUUUUCAAGAUGAAGAAGAAAUUCAGAACACCAAAUUCAAUAUUCUAAAAUUCAACCUAAAAUCGAACCUUUUUAUGCUGCUUGUUUAAACUUAUUUUGCAUCUUUGAAGAUUUAUGACAAGAACAAGUGAAAUGUACAUAAUUUAAAAUUAUUCUCACAGUCAAACUAAAAAUAAAUGGCAUAAUGACUAAACAUCAAUAGGGAUGUGCACUCUCUGAGUGAGAAUGACAGUCAUACUGUGUUUGUAAUGUUUGUUGGAGUUCUGUGUGUAAAUUAUCCAUUAAAUGCCUUACAAUAAGCCUACAAUUUGCAUGAAAUUAAUUGUAUAAUGUAAUCACGCCUGCUAAAUCAC